AUGGUCGACAUGGACGAUGCGACGAGGCUCAUCGGAGACCUGCAUCAGAAGCUAGCCGACCUCGACCACAAGGUUGCAGCCUACCGCCAAGACAUGGCCACCGAGUUCCAUAGAUACUCCCACCAACUGCUCCAAAACAUCCCACAACACACUUCAGCCGAGGUUGAUCGCCGAGUUGCCGCUUCCUUCGACAACUACCCAGCUCUGCGUCCUGCCCUCAGUCAGAGUCUCACAAGUCCCCUGCGAGACCUGCCUGACUCAACGCCUCCACCGCCGUCCACCGAAGACACCGAAAACCUCGCCAGACUCCACAACAACCCCGGCAACCCCCGCGAACCUCCGCCGCCGUCGCCCAAGUCCACUCCCCCAUCCGUCCUUCCCCAUGCCGGCACUGCUACCCUAACCUCUCCCGACAGUGUUUAUGACCGGGAAAGGGAUAGGGGUUUUCACGGUCUCUUCACCCCAAGCUAUCUGCCCCUGCUGGACAGCUCACACGAGUCGCCUGCACCAGCAGCAAACCAGUCACCAAUCCUCUCGUCAAUUCCAAACCCUGCUGCUACUCAAGACGAUAUGGGUCGUCGCAAGUCCGGACAGGCUCAGGAGCAGCCUGCGAUCAAGCUGUCGGUUGCUGCGACCCAAACUCCCGAGAGGCCGAACCACGAGCGCCGGGCGACUGACGACACGACUUCUUCCGGAGCUUCGGAGCAGAGUGAAUCCAAGGUGCGCCGUAGUGCCCUCCGAAGAAGCUCGAGCGGAAUCAAGCCACCCGCCAGCCCCAGGCGAGUGCGCUUCGAGUUCGAGGGAGGCGAAGUGCUGCCUACAGCCUCGCCCCAGUCAUCAGAGCCGUCCUUGGUACAGUCGCACACCCUUGCCAACUCGAGGUCACCCCCUCCGUCGGAAGAUGAGUCAAUGAGUGUCGAAUCCUUGCUGGGCCCAGACGAGGACAGCGGUCCGCCGCCAAAGAAAGUCUCUUCUUCACAAGCACUCCGCGCUCUCUCCCGAGCUCCUUUGGAUGCCAACACGGUUUGGACUGUUGUAAAUGCCGAAGCUCAAGAUAAGGAGAAUGGAAGUAUGGCUACAUCAGAUUCAGAGACGUCAUUGCAAACGAGCAGCAGUGUCGGCCCAACCCUGAAACCUCAAUCACCACCAAAAAUAACUCUAGUGGAGCGCAAACGAGCCCCGGAACCGUUGCGUCCUGUUUCCCCAGAGAGAGACAGUCGGAGGAAUGAUGAUGAUGAUGACAGUGACGGCAGCUCCUCAGACGACGGCUUCCUUGCCAUGGCAAAGCCGAAAUCCUUUGCCAACAAGAAAGCGAUUCUUUCACCGUUAUCACGCUCACCGACAAGAACGGUCACUGCGCCUUAUAGUCCUAUCCGAGAUGAGUCUGUGUCGCACGAGGAGGAUAAGUUGGUGACACAAAGCGAUGGGGCCGAGGAGGAUGAUGAUGAGGACAUGUUCCAUUUCGAAGGGCUCAGUGCGCCGCCAAAGCCUCGGUCCCGACCAGCUCCAAUACAGGAAGAGGAGGAAGAAGAAGAAGAAGAGGAUGAGGAUGAGGAUGAGGACGAGGACGCUCCGUCGAAUGAGCCAGUCACCCAGACCUUGUACUCGACUUCGCCUGCUGUGUCAAUUCCGAAACCAGUAGAGCCAGCGAUUCCGGCACAUCUUAUUUCAGGCUCGGUUGGAUCUUUCAGAGGUCGUCCUGUCAUUAUGCCCGUUGUUAAGAAUCCCGACGUAUAUCAACAGGCAGCCUCGCUCGGCGAUGUCAGCAGCUUUAUCGGAGGACUGGACGGACGCAGCGGCGUUGACGACGGAGAUCUCAGCAGUUAUCGUGCCAGUGUUGGGCAGUCAUUGUUCUCGGGGACCCCUCGAAGUUUGAUGGAACGAAUGAUGAUGGAGGAAGCACAGAGCCAGAGACGGGCGGCAGCGCAGCGACCGCAGUGA